AUGCGUGUGUAUUCACAUAUAUACAACGCAGUAUCUAUCACAGUUACUAUAUAUCAUUCAUAUCUAUCCCAGUUACUUCAUGUCUCUCUAUCUAUCCCAGUUACUUCAUGUCUCUCUAUCUAUCCCAGUUACUUCAUGUCUCUCUAUCUAUCCCAGUUACUUCAUGUCUCUCUAUCUAUCCCAGUUACUUCAUGUCUCUCUAUCUAUCCCAGUUACUUCAUGUCUCUCUAUCUAUCCCAGUUACUUCAUGUCUCUCUAUCUAUCCCAGUUACUUCAUGUCUCUCAUUCAUCCCAGUUACUUCAUGUCUCUCUAUCUAUCCCAGUUACUUCAUGUCUCUAUCUAUCCCAGUUACUUCAUGUCUCUAUCUAUCCCAGUUACUUCAUGUCUCUAUCUAUCCUAAGUUACUUCAUGUCUCUCUAUCUAUCCCAGUUAUGUCUCUUUCAUGUCUCUCUAUCUAUCCCAGUUACUUCAUGUCUCUAUCUAUCCCAGUUACUUCAUGUCUCUAUCUAUCCCAGUUACUUCAUGUCUCUAUCUAUCCCAGUUACUUCAUGUCUCUCUAUCUAUCCCAGUUACUUCAUGUCUCUCUAUCUAUCCCAGUUACUUCAUGUCUCUCUAUCUAUCCCAGUUACUUCAUGUCUCUCUAUCUAUCCCAGUUACUUCAUGUCUCUCUAUCUAUCUAUCUAUCUAUCACUGACUGUUCCUAUCAAUCUUUCUAUCAAGAUAUAUUUUGGUGGCAAGAAUUCAUAUAA